ACUCCAACAGAAGAAGAAGAACGGCAGAAACGCUGUAACACCUAACACGGUGAAAGGUCAGGGUUUAUAUGAAGCAAAUGUCAACCGGUCUCCAGAGCAGGUCGCUACUUUCCUUUUCAAGACAACUUGGGGGUUAAACAUUAAAACUACAUGACGGAUAAAGCUGUCGCUCGCCACUUUGGACGGUAAGAAAAGCAAGAGCUACCCGGCACGUACCGUCCUGUUCCGUCCUGACAGCUAGUCAUACUUCAUUCAAACUUGACAGCGGGGGGGGGGGAGCAGCUCAGUUUAAAGACUCUCUCCUGACAUGUCUGCCUCAAAGUGCUCACGUCUGAGCGGGACUCUGGUGAAGCAGCUCCUGGACUCGGUGGACAGCGUCCUGUUUGACUGUGAUGGGGUCAUCUGGCGUGGGGACCAGGCCGUCCCCGGAGCCUCUCAAGUCAUCAACCUGCUCAAAGAAAACGGAAAGAAGGUCUUCUUCGUCACCAACAACAGCACGAAGACGAGGAAGAUGUACGCCGACAAGAUGUCUAAGCUGGGCUUUAACGUGAAGGAGGAGGAGGUGUUCGGGACCGCGUACUGCUGCGCCACCUACCUGAAGACGGUGUGCAAGCUGGAGGGCAAAGUGUACCUGGUGGGGAGCGACGCCAUGAGGCAGGAGCUGGAGGCGGUGGGGAUCCAGCAGACCGGGGUGGGACCGGACCUCGUCUUCGGGAAGCAGCUGGACUGGGCUAAUGUGCCCCUGGAUGCAGAUGUGAAGGCGGUGGUGGUGGGCUUCGAUGAACACUUCAGCUACAUGAAGAUGAACAGGGCCCUGCAGUACCUGAGCCAGCCGGGCUGUCUGUUCGUGGGGACCAACAGGGACACCAGGCUGCCUCUGGAGGGGGGCAAGGCCGUCCCAGGUACCGGCUGCCUGCUGAAGGCCGUGGAGACAGCGGCCCAGUGCGAGGCCCAGACGGUGGGCAAACCAAACCACUUCAUGUUCGACUGCGUGGCCUCCCAGUUCGGCGUGGAGCGCGACCGCUGCCUGAUGGUGGGCGACCGCCUCGACACGGACAUCCUGCUGGGCUCCAACUGCGGCCUCAAGACCCUCCUCACUCUCACCGGGGUCAGCACUGUGGCAGACGCCGAGGCCCAUCAGAAGAGCGGCUGCGCUGAGAGGCACGGCAUGGUGCCGGACUACUACGUGGACAGCAUCGCGGAUCUCCUUCCGGCUCUGCAAGGAUGAAAACCGUCCCACACAAAGCUGAGCUCCGUUUGAUAUCAAAGGGAAAUCAUUUAUUUUUUUCUGUAAAGUCUACGAUUUAAAAAGAUCUUUAUAAACAAAGUCAUGACAUAGCAGCUAGCUGCUGUGUGGCAGGAGAGACACAGACUAUUAAACUAAAAAAAAA